AUGAUGGUUUCAGAUCUGCUAUUGGCUACAGAAAGGCUCAGAAGUGAGAAGAAGUUUCUUAGCAACAUGAUUAUCAAGCUUGUUGGGGAGAACCAGCAGCUCUUGAAAGAAAACAAGCAUUUUAGAGAAAAUAUCAGGAGCACUCUAGGUUCAACCUGUUGCCUUCUCUCAGGCUACCAAACCUGGUACUACCUCCUGUCCACAAAUUCCAGCUAUGUGCCUGCAACCAGCCUGCAAUACCCACAGCGAUACAUAAAAAGAACGUUGGAGGAGAUAGAGAUGGAAGAUGGAAUCAAGAUCAAGAAGCCAAAGGCUAUAAAGCAUCAGCAGAAAGAGCUGUAUGUUUCUAGAAUGUGUGACUGUCAGCUUGUCAGGCAUCAUGAACAGCUACAGACAAAUAUGGCUCACCAUGGAGAGUCCUGCUAUGAUUCCGCUCUGAUCUGUGAUUCUGUCAGGUGUCACCAUCAUCUAAGCAGCAUGGCAUCUGGGCAAUGCUUGGAGCAUGAACUAAAUGCAAAGACACAGCUGCAGCGCUGGGAAAAGAAGAUGGAAGAAAAAAAAGGAGAUUUUUUCAAGGAACAACUACUUAUGCUUGAAACAAGAGCAGCUUUGAUAGAACAAGGAAAACAUAUUGAGAGUCUUCAGAUGAAAAUAAAUCACCUGCAAGAGGAGCUCAAGAAUUCUGAGCUAUGGUCUACAUUACAGACAGAAGAGUUGAGGAAGGACCCUUGUGGAUCUUGGAUUUACCAAGUAGACAUGGACCAUUUAGGAUCACAAGUGAACAGAGAAGGAAAAAGAACCUGUGUGUUUAUAUGGCAAACAAGUACACAUGUUAAAAGACCUGAAGCUGAUACAGAAAAGCAAGAGCCUGAAAAGGUGAGCCCUGAAGUUCCUCAAUUAUCCACAUAUAACCUAAGGAAGAGAUGGCUCGAAGCAUCCAUAGAAAAUAUCCAAAAGAGAGGAGAUUUCAAAGCAUCCAAACAGAAUGUACUGAGAUGGCUUCAAGCAUCCAUGCAAAGCCUGAGAGAGGAAGCAUCUGAAGCAUCCAGACCAGCUCUGGAUGAAUGGCUUAAAGAAUCCUUUAAAAACAUUGAAGAGGAAUGUCCUGAAGUAUCCAAACAGGACGUGAAAGAAUGGCUUGAAGUAUCCAUAAAUAACCUCCAAGAGGAAGGUCCUGAAACAUCCCAUCUAGGUGUUCAGGAAUGGCUUGAAGCAUCCAUUAAAAGCCUCACGGAUUUCCAAGAGUCUGAAAUAAAGCCUCAGUUGUCCAGAGAGGGCCUAAAGAAGGAAUGGCUUGAAGCAUCCAUAGCGAACCUCCAAAAGGGAAAUUCUGAAGCUUCCAAAGUGAAUGUAUUAGGAUGGCUUCAAGAAUCUAUGAAAAGCCUCAGAGAAAAAGCAUCUGAAGCACCCAUGCCAACUAUGGAGGAAUGGCUUAACGGAUGCUUUAAAAACAUUGAAGAGGAAUGUCCUGAAGCAUCCAGACAAGAUGUGAAAGAAUGGAUUGAAAUAUCCAUACGUAAUCUCCAAGAAGAAGGACCUGAAGCAUCCCAUCUAAGUGUACAGAAAUGGCUUGAAGCAUCCAUUAAAGGCAUCCAGGAAAGCAACACAGCAUCAAAAUUGAGUGUGGAACCAAGUCUAGAGGAGGUGAUACUUAUAGUGCCACAACAGUUUCACACUGGCCUCCAGAAAGGAUGGCUUCAAGCAUCCCUAGAAAAUCUCAAAAAGGAAGAUUCCAAAGCAUCCAUAGAGAAUGUACAGAACUGGCUUCAAGCAUCUAUGGAAAAUCUUAAAGAGAAAGCUCCUGGAGCAUCCCAAACAAUCCUGCAGGAAUGGCUUAAUGAAUCUGUAAGAAACCUUCAAGAACAAUGUCCAGAAGCAUCUAGACAUGAUGUGAAAGAAUGGCUUGAAGUAUCCAUAAAUAACCUCCAAGGCGCAGGUCCUGAAACAUCCCUCCUAAGUGUUCAUGGAUGGCUUGAAGCAUCCAUGAAAAGCCUGCAAGAGGAAGCAUCAAAGCUGAAAGUGCAGGAAUUGUCUAAGGCAUCCAUGGAAAGCUUCCUAAAGGAAGGCCAUGAAGCAUCUAGAAAGAAUUGGCUUGAAGCAUCCAUAAGAAACCUCCAAGAUGGAGGUCCUGAAGCAUCCCAUUUAAGUGUUCUGCAUAAACCAUCCAUGGAAGGCCAUGAACCAUCCAGCCUGAAUGUGGGGAAAUGGCUUCAAGCAUCCUUAAGAAGCCUUAUGAAUGAAGGUCCUGAAGCAUCCCAACAGAAUGUGCAGGAAUGGCUUGAAGAAUCCUUAAAAAACCUUGAAGAGGAAUGUCCUGAAGCAUCCAGAAAGGACUUGAGAGAGUGGCUUGAAGCAUCCAUAAAAAGCCUGCAAGAAGGGGGUCCUGCAUCCAGAGACAACCUUCAGGAAUUCAUAAAAGGAUCCAUUAUGAAUCUCCAAGAUGAACAUCCUUCACCAUCUGGGAAAGGUGUGCAGCAGUGGCUUGAGGAGUCCAUGAAAAGUGCCCAAAUGGGAGCCUCCAGGCUCAGUGUGCAAAAGUGGCUUGAAACAUCCAUGAAAAACAUUGAAGAGGCAGGAUCUGACAUAUCUAAACAGAGCCUGCAGCAAUGGCUUGAGACAUCCAUAAGAAACCUCAGUGAAACAUGCCCUGAAGCAUCAAGAAAUGAUGUGAAAGGAUGGCUUGAGACAUCCAUAAUAAAUCUUCAAGAGCAAGGUCCUGAAACAUCCAAAGUAAGUUUGCAGGAAUGGCUUAAAGAAUCACUACAAAGCUUUAAAGAAGAAGGUCCUGAAAAAGGUGUAAUGGAUGUGGAGAAGUGGCUUCAGUCAUGCUUAAAGAGUCUGGAAGAGGACACAUCCAGACAACAUGUUCAUGGAUGGCUUGCAGAAUCCCUAGCAUACCUCCAAGAGGAAGAUCCACACAUAUCCAGACAGGAUACUGAAGAAUGGCUUGAAGACUCCUUAAGACACCUUGAUGAUAUAUGUCCUGAAGAAGCUAGAGAGGAUGUGAAGAAUUGGCUUAAAGCCUCCAUAAUGAGUCUCCAGGAGGAAGGGCCCAAAGCAUUCAGACAGGACCUGCAAGGAUUCAUAAAAUCAUCUAUGGCAAACCUCAACCAGCAAAGUAUUGCAUCAGCCAGGGCAAACAACAUGGAUUGGCUUAAGAUAUCCAAAUAUAAACCAGAAUCCAAGGAUACCAUAGAGAAACUACAACGUUCUUUAUCCAGAAUGAGCAUACACUCUGUGCAUCAUAAUGCAUCCAAAAAAAAAGAAACAAACCUUGAGGAAGAUGAUCUGGAAGUGCCCAAAGGCAUUAUUUAUCAAGGAAAACAGGUAUAUGAGAAGUGUCAAAGCAAACACAAAGAUUAG